ACUAGGAUUAACCACAUAUAAAAUAACAAUACAAAGUAAUCAUGGGUCAAGCACCAUCAGGAAUGCAAGGAGGUGAAGGCUUCGGGGGUAAGAAGAAGGAUGAUAAGAAGAAAGAAAAGCCAAAGUAUGAACCUCCAGUAGAAUCAAAAUUUGGUAAGAAAAAGAGAAAGGGGCCAGAUACGGCUGUCAAAUUACCAGCAGUAUAUCCAAACACAAGAUGUAAGCUUAGACUUUUAAAGCUUGAAAGAAUCAAGGAUCACUUACUUCUUGAAGAAGAAUUUGUAAGCAAUCAAGAAGCCUUCCAGCCAACUGAGGCAAAGCAGGCUGAAGAAAGAGAAAAGGUAGAUGAACUUCGUGGAUACCCUAUGUCCAUUGGAACUCUUGAAGAAAUCAUUGAUGAUGAUCAUGCCAUUGUGUCGAGUACUGCCGGUCCUGAGUACUACGUAUCAAUAAUGUCCUUUGUAGACAAGGGUCUUUUAGAACCGGGUUGUUCUGUAUUGCUCCACCACAAGACUGUUUCCAUUGUCGGGGUGCUCCAAGACGAUGCAGACCCAAUGGUAUCUGUUAUGAAAUUGGACAAAUCUCCUACUGAAUCCUAUGCGGACAUUGGUGGUUUGGAAUCACAAAUUCAAGAAAUUAAGGAAGCCGUCGAGUUGCCACUUACACAUCCAGAAUUAUACGAAGAAAUGGGAAUAAAGCCACCUAAGGGUGUUAUCUUGUAUGGUGCUCCAGGUACGGGUAAGACUCUUCUUGCCAAGGCUGUUGCAAACCAAACUAGUGCAACUUUCCUCAGAAUUGUUGGGUCCGAAUUGAUCCAAAAAUAUUUGGGUGAUGGUCCAAGAUUAUGUAGACAAAUUUUCCAAAUUGCUGCAGAAAAUGCCCCUUCCAUUGUAUUUAUUGAUGAAAUUGAUGCCAUUGGAACUAAAAGAUAUGAUUCAACCUCCGGAGGUGAAAGAGAAAUCCAAAGAACUAUGUUGGAACUUCUUAACCAAUUAGAUGGUUUCGAUGAUAGAGGUGAUAUAAAGGUGAUCAUGGCCACAAAUAAGAUUGAAUCUUUAGAUCCUGCCUUGAUUAGACCUGGUAGAAUUGAUAGAAAGAUUCUUUUCGAAAACCCUGAUGGGAACACCAAGAAGAGGAUUUUAUCUAUCCACACAUCCAAGAUGAGUUUGGCACCAGAUGUUAAUCUUGAUGAAUUCAUCACAUCCAAGGAUGAAUUGUCAGGGGCCGAUAUUAAGGCUGUUUGUACAGAGGCCGGUUUGCUUGCCUUGAGAGAAAGGCGGAUGCAAGUCAAGGCCGAUGACUUUAAGCAGGCUAAGGAGAGAAUUUUGAAGAACAAAGUGGAGGAAAACCUUGAAGGAUUGUACUUGUAAUUCAUUUUUCUUUCUUUUUCCCUACAAGAAUUUUACUUACAUAGAAAUUUAACAUGUACGAAUAUAGAAUUCAAUAAACUAAAGAAUCAAAA